UACAUGGCCCCGAUCCUCUUCCAUAUCUAUAUUCCUUCGCCUUUCUCCCACCAUCAAAUAAACCAAGGUAUACCCGACUUCGUGAACAAAGUGAUGCUGAUUUGGGAGACGGAAAGCAGGGAUGGAGGAAAGAUUCGAAAACUUUUCGAAAUGCUGGCAUUACUGCUGUUGUUGCUGUUGCUGUUGCUUGGUGGUUAGUUAGUUGGUUGGUUGGUUGGUUGGUUGAUCGGUCGGUCGGUCGGUUGGUUGGUUGGUUAGUUGGUUGGUUGAAUAGACGGCGUACAAAUAGGCGGGGAAGAGAAGACGGAGGAAGGGGAGAUAUAGGAAGAAGAAAUGAAGUUAAGAGACGUUUGUUUGGAAAUGAGGAAUUGAACAGAACCAGAUGUGUGUCUUAUGGGUGUGUCGGUCCAAGUGUCUGUUAA